GUAAAUUAUAAAUAUACUAUAUUGUCGACUGAAGUCGUUGGGUUUGAGAUUCGGACACCUCUGCUGAGCCAAACCGUACGGAGUCGGACCUGACUACUAGUAUCCUACACGUACCAUACUCGUCAGAAUACAGGCGCCGCGUCUCAGACUCGACUGGUUCGUCAGUGUCUGUCAGUCUGGCGUGGGUUGUACCCCUACGGAUUACCUUCAGGAUCUUGUAGCGGUUAAUGACAUGCUACAAGCAUGAGUGAUAUCAGACAAGUAAGACCACAUGACUCUGACAGUGAUGAUGAGGGUCCUCAGACUCCAAAGAAGAAAGUCAAAUAUGAUCAUAAAUUUCAGUUGAAACUGCUAAGUGACCCCAAAUUCUCACCAUGGAUGAUCCAGAGUAAGAAAAACCCAAAUAAGGCAUUCUGCACUGCAUGUGAUAGUGAAUUAUCCGGCAGCAUAACAUUACUAGAAAGGCACAACUUAACUGAGAAACACAAGAAAAACAUGAAUGCAAGUAACCAGCAUAAGAAAGUCACCAAUUAUUUUCAACCAAGUGUAUCAGCAAGCUUUGAAAAACAAGUCGUAGCCUCAGAGCUUAAGAUGUGCGCCUUCAUUGCAGAACAUAACUUACCUGUCUCAGUAAUGGAUCAUUUGCCAGGGUUUAUUGCUAAUGUGUGCCCAGACUCAAAAAUUGCGAGUGCUGUUAAAUGUGGCAGAACAAAAGCCUCAGCUAUCCUUGGGAACGUAAUGGGUGAUGCUUUUCUAUCUGAGAUUGUUGCUCGUCUGAAGGACACAAAAUUUUCUCUCAUCAUUGAUGAAUCUACCGACCUUUCUACACAAAAACACCUUGUUUUGAUUGCUCGGUUCUAUGACCUUGAAGUUCAGAAAACUUGUGAUCACUUUCUGAGUUUACUUGAGGUAACUGAUUGUACAGCUCAAGGUAUUUUUAGCUCAAUAGUGCAGUUUUUUGACAGGCAUUUAAUUCCUAUGAAAAAUGUUAUCGGCUUUGCCAGCGAUAACGCAAGUGUUAUGAUGGGAGAAAAGGGAGGAGUCAUGGCUCUGCUAAGAAAAGAAAAUCCAUCCCUGUUUGUGCAAGGAUGCGUGUGCCACUCCAUUGCCCUCUGUGCCUCAAAUGCAUGUGGCGAGCUGCCUAAUAGGGUUGAAGAACUAGCUCGGAACAUACAUACCUACAUAAUGAACAGCCCUAAAAGAUUCACAGAAUAUGAGGAAUUUCAGAAAUUCACAGAGGCUCCACUUCAUAGAAUACUGCACCCUAGUUUUACUAGAUGGCUCUCCUUGGAAGAGGUGGUAAAAAGAGUUUUAGAGCAAUGGCCUACACUUAAGCUGUAUUUUACAUCUGCUGCAUUGGAGGAUAAGAUGGCAUCUGCUUCAGCAAUAUUGCAGGAAUUACAUAAUCCUGUUAUAAAAAUGUACUUUUCCUUUUUGGCAUACAUUCUGCCUGCAGUAAAUAAACUAAACCUAGAUUUCCAGGCAACAUCCCUGAGAAUUCAUAAGCUUCGAACAUCUAUCAGUAGCAGUGUCAAGGGCAUCUUAAGUAACUUCAUGAAAGCAGACAAACUAAAAGCAGUGAUCUGA